AUGAGUCAACGGAAAAUCGUCGAACUUCAGACGCUGGGAAAUCGAGAUAACUGUCAGCACUCGCCAAUAAAAAAACGCUUAAAGAAAAACAGAAAUUGCAAGAAAAACUCGAUUACAGGUAAGGGCGAAAGUAGACCCAACUGUAGACUGGCCACAGCUUGCAGGGUUGCUGAAGAUCAAGGCUUAUCCACCAGGAUGUCAGAAAGCAAGAUAAUCUCCGUGUUGAGGAAACCAAUGACUCACGUUUCCGCAGAAGCCGACAGUUUGAAGUAUAAGCUUAUCUACCCCGUGUGCGGUUUCAUUUUAGAAAUCGCUUUGAAGCCGAUAGUUCACAGAGAGUUUGGAACUGUGGUCUGGGAUGCAGCUCUUGGUUUGUGUCAGUACUUUGAGGAACAGAAGAUGGAUUUCUCGCAGAAGAAAGUGAUUGAACUGGGAGCAGGCACUGGGAUUUUGAGCAUUUUAACAGUCCUUCUCGGUGGAGAUGUCACCAUAACAGACAACCCACAACUCCUCCAGCAAAUCCAACUAAACGUCUCUGCCAAUAUUCCGUCUUCCAUGAAAUCUCGCGUCAAAAUCCGUGCACUCUCCUGGGGGCUGGACCAAACUCAGUUUCCAUCCGACUAUGACUACAUCUUGGGUGGCGAUAUCGUCUACAACUAUUCAAGUCUUCCUUUAAUUCUAGAGACGCUUCAACAUCUCUGCAAUGAAUCGACGGUCAUUUAUUUCGCCUCCACAAUGUCCAUCAGCCGUGAACUGAUCACCUCCGGCUACCGGACUCUAUUUCAGUAUUUUGAUUCUGAUCUCGUUUGCAGGUACGAAAACGCGGAUGUUAACUUGUAUAGGAUGACUAAAAAAAAGUCCCAGGCCCAGGGUUGA